AUGUCUCUCGACGAGGAACGCGCUGUUCCAGCUGAGGAUCUGGAAAAGGAUGUCGCGGUCCGCUCGGGUUCUGUACCGGAGAAGGUGCUCCAACACUCCCACGAUGCGGACGAAGCGAUGAAGGCCUUCCGAGGGGACGAGGGGCAAGUCAUCCACCUCGACGACGCGACCAACCGACGACUGCUCCGGCGAAUCGAUUGGAAUCUGAUGCCGAUUAUGUGUGUGGUGUAUGGACUACAGUUCCUUGACAAGACGACGUUGGGUUAUGCGAGUAUCAUGGGGUUGAAGACGGACAUUGGGUUGGUGGGGGAUGAAUACCAAUGUGGGAUACAUUCUUCCUGGCAGAUGGUUGAUCUACCGUGCUGAUGAAGACGACUACAGGGCUUGGGUCGGUGUUCUACUUUGGCUACUUGGCUUUCGAAUACCCCACCAACCGCCUCUUGCAAUUGCUUCCUUUGGGGAAAUACUCUGCCACCUGCAUCAUUAUCUGGGGCGCUGUUCUGGCUUGCUUCGCUGCAGUGAAGAAUUACGGCGGCGCCAUUGCCGUGCGCUUCUUCCUCGGAAUGACAGAAUCCGCCGUGACGCCUGGCUUCGCGCUCAUCACCUCGCAAUGGUACACGAAGGCCGAGCAGGGCAUGCGCGUCGGUCUGUGGUUCAGUUUCAACGGCUUCGCGCAGAUCGUAGGAGGACUCAUAGCUUACGGCAUCGCGGUUGGAACCGACCGACAUCCGGUCAACCUGGCUGGAUGGCAAAUUUUGUUCCUGGCCACGGGGCUUGUUACCUCUGCCGUGGGCAUCAUUUUCUUCUUCACGGUCCCGGAUAACCAGCUGAAUGCGAAGUGGCUGAAGAAGGAAGAUAGGAUUCUGGCUCUGGAGAGGAUUCGAAUCAAUCAGCAGGGGGUCGGGAACAAGCAUUGGAAAUUCUAUCAGUUCAAGGAGGCGCUGACGGAUCCUAUGGUCUGGGCUAUUGUCAUGUAUGCUCUGAUUGCGGAUAUUCCGAACGGUAUGUAUUAUCUCAUCUUGGAAGGGCAAGGCUUGGAGACUAAUAGAUUCCACAGGAGGCAUCACCAACUUCUUCUCCCAACUCAUCACCUCCUUCGGCUACACCCCGCGACAAUCCCUCCUCUACGGAACACCCGGCGGCGCCGUCGAAGUCGUCACUCUCCUCCUCUGUGGCUACUUUGGCGACAAACUCCACAACAGGAUCCUCGUCUCCACAUCCGGUCUCGUGCUCGCUAUCAUAGGAGUCGCUCUGAUCGUCGGCUUGCCCCUGGAUAACAACAGCGGAAGAUUAGGCGGCUACUACCUCACCCAAGCCUCCCCGACACCUUUCGUCUGCUUCCUCUCCCUCAUCUCCACCAACGUGGCAGGCUAUACCAAAAAGACGACCGUCGCGGCCAUGUAUCUCAUCGCCUACUGCAUCGGUAACAUCAUGUACGUUGUUGCCGCCCCCCCCCUCCCCCCAGCCUCACUCACUACCCUUGCUGACAAGAGCACAAUCCCAGCGGUCCCCAAACUUUCCGCCCCAAAGAUGCCCCCCGCUACGUCCCGGCGGAAAUCACUAUCCUCGUCUGCUGGUGCGUCUGCCUCGGCAUCAUGGUCUUUGUGUACUUGUGGUGUCGGCUGCAGAAUUCGAAAAAGGCACAAGUCCGGAAUCAGCCGGGUUAUGUCAAGUUGGAGAAUCAGGAAUGGCUGGAUUUGACGGACGGGGAGAAUCCGGAAUUCGUGUAUACGCUUUGA